GAACCUAAAGCCAAAAAAACCCAUAUCGCUAGUUCAAACGAAGUCGGUACAAAAGCAGGCGGCCGCGAUGUAGUGGAAAAGACCAAGAAACGCAGCAGACCAGUAACUUUACCAGUAAAAGUGGAUAGCGAAGGAGACUCAGAGGACGAUGUGGAUGCAGACGACUUUGAAGAGGACAAUGAACUCGAGGGGGAGGUGGAAGAUAAUGGGAAAGAUGAUGCUAUGGAGGUCGAUCAUACGCAACCUAAAAAUCCUAAUGGCAAGGAAUCUCAUAAAGCUCAACGAGUCCUUCAGGAGCAGCGCCGGGCUGCUAAACCGCACUCAGUACUUCUUACGGACGCAAAACGCGUGUGGUCACUUGCUCGCCAAAAAAACAUCCCAACGACGGAGCGACAAAAGCAUAUACAUGAUCUCAUGGAUGUCGUAAGGGGGAAGGUCAAAGAGCUUGUGCUAAAGCAUGAUGCAAGUCGUAUCAUCCAAACCAUUGUAAAAUAUGGAGGACAGAAGGAAAGGGACGAAGUAGCGGGCGAACUCAAAGGCCACUAUAGAGAUCUUGCACAGAACAAGUAUUCGAAGUUCCUAGUGACCAAGCUAAUUCGACUUUGCCCAACACACCGACCAUCUAUCCUUAUGGAGUUUCAAUCUCAUGUUCUUCGCCUUCUGUUGCAUCGGGAAGCCUCUAGCGUUCUAGCUGACUCUUUUGAGCUUUACGCAAAUGCUUAUGAACGGACCAUACUACUUCGCGAUUUCUAUGGUAAAGAAACGGCUUUGUUUACUGUCACACGCGGAAGCGAAGAAGAGAAAGUUAUGGCCAAGCAAGGUUUCCGUGGCGUUUUACAGGGAGUGGAAGGUGAACGAAGAAAGAGGAUCCUUGUCGCACUCAAAGAAAAUCUGAUAACGAUAUUCAAUAACCCUGACAAGGGUGCAGUUACUCAUGCUAUCGUCCAUCGUGCUCUCUGGGAAUAUCUCUCUGCGGUCAAUGACAUACCGGAAGAAACUGAGCGGGAAAAACUCCGCAAAGAAAUGUUUGAAAGCUGUCAAGAUGCCUUAGCCGAAAUGGUACACACAAAAGAUGGCAGUCGUGUUGUCAGAGAGCUCAUCGCUCAGGGCACUGCAAAAGAUCGAAAGCAUAUAGUCAAGACAAUCAAGCCACAUGUUGAACGGAUGUGUAUCGACGAUGAGGCCCAGCUGGUACUUUUUACAGCACUGGAUAUUAUCGAUGACACAAAACUCACGGCGAAAUCGCUUGUGUCCGAAAUCGCUUCACGCGCUUCUGUGCUCUCCACCACACCUCAAGGCAGGCGCUCACUCUUCUAUCUUAUUGUUCCACGCAGUAGACGACACUUCACUCCUGCGCAGACUGUCACUAUCGCAGACACGGACAGCACAAGAGAAAAAACCAGCAAGAAGGAAAAUAAGACCAGGGAAGCAGAAAUCAGAAGUGCUGCUAGUGAGACUUUGUUGAAAUUUGUAGAGGAAAGUGGGGCGGAGGUGGCAAGGGAUACUGGAGGUAGUUUGGUCGUAUUGGAAAUCAUGCUCUUUGCUGAAGGAGAUAAAAGCUCGGCUUCAACCGCACUCCUAAAUGCCUUAUCGUCAACAUAUCCUUCCGAAGAUCCUUCAAAGCCUCAUCCCAUUGACCUACCACAUACAUCCAGGAUGUACAAAACGCUCCUACAAGGAGGUCACUUUUCACAUACCACCAAAUCAAUAUCGCUCUGUCCCGCAUUUUCUCCAUCAGCGUUUGCAUCGGCCUUCCUCAAAGUGGUAGGUCAGGACGUAACUGUGAGCAUGGCUAAGGGGGAUGGUGCAUUUGUCAUCGCAGAACUGCUCGAGAGAGUUCAACAAGAAGGGAGAAAAGGAGAGAAAAGCACAGUCAAGGGAUGGUUUAAUCAUGACGUGACUAGCAGUAUCGAAAAUUCUGAUGGGAAGGGUAAAAAUGUUCUUCUGGGGAAAAUUGCAGCGCUAUCAUGAUAUUAUGAUAUACAGCGCGUGUCGUCGUACAGAUUUGUGCAUUAUGCUUUGAUCCAAAACAACUCUCUAAUGGUAUUUGUUGAGGUGUCAUCCG